CCGCUUCGGAGACUAUAUUUCCCAAGAUCCUCUCUGCCCGACGUCUGCAAUCCAUUGCAUUCUGGGGCUUGUAGUACGGAAGUGAGUGACUAGUUGCUCAGAGCGCAGGCGCAUUCGCGAGGAUCCCCGGAAGAACCGGCAGUGGCUCCCAGGAUGAGCUGGGGGCCGUGGCUGCUGCUGCUGCGGCGGUGGCGCUGACAGGAUAAGAGCUCUAUGCCUUUCCGUGUGCUCAUCCCGGUCGGUCUCCUCUGCGCGCUGCCGCCCCUGCACCAUGGUGCGCCGGGCCCUGAUGGAACCGCGCCGGACCCUGCCCACUACAGGGAGCGAGUCAAGGCCAUGUUCUACCACGCCUACGACAGCUACCUGGAGAACGCCUUUCCGUACGACGAGCUGCGGCCUCUCACCUGCGACGGGCACGACACCUGGGGCAGUUUUUCUCUGACACUGAUUGAUGCUCUGGACACCUUGCUGAUUUUGGGGAAUGUCUCAGAAUUCCAAAGAGUGGUUGAAGUGCUCCAGGACAAUGUGGACUUUGAUAUUGAUGUGAACGCCUCUGUGUUUGAAACCAACAUCCGAGUGGUAGGAGGCCUCCUAUCUGCUCACCUGCUGUCAAAAAAGGCUGGGGUGGAAGUGGAGGCUGGAUGGCCCUGCUCUGGACCCCUCCUGAGGAUGGCCGAGGAGGCAGCCCGAAAACUCCUCCCAGCCUUUCAGACCCCUACUGGCAUGCCGUAUGGGACCGUGAACCUGCUUCACGGCGUGAACCCGGGAGAGACCCCAGUCACCUGUACAGCAGGGAUCGGGACCUUCAUUGUAGAAUUUGCCACCCUAAGCAGCCUCACUGGUGACCCCGUGUUUGAAGAUGUGGCCAGGGUAGCACUAACACGCCUCUGGGAGAGCCGGUCAGAUAUCGGGUUGGUUGGCAACCACAUUGAUGUGCUCACUGGCAAGUGGGUGGCGCAGGACGCGGGCAUCGGGGCUGGUGUGGAUUCCUACUUUGAGUACCUGGUGAAAGGAGCCAUCCUGCUUCAGGAUAAGAAUCUCAUGGCCAUGUUCCUAGAGUAUAACAAAGCCAUUCGGAAUUACACCCGCUUCGAUGACUGGUACCUGUGGGUGCAGAUGUACAAGGGGACUGUGUCCAUGCCAGUCUUCCAGUCCUUGGAAGCCUACUGGCCUGGUCUUCAGGUUGUAUGUGGGGUUUUGAUGCCUGAUUGCUGUCCGCCAGACAACCACUUCUCCCUACAGAGCCUCAUUGGGGACAUUGACAAUGCCAUGAGAACCUUUCUCAACUACUACACCGUAUGGAAGCAAUUUGGGGGGCUCCCGGAAUUCUACAACAUUCCUCAGGGAUACACGGUGGAGAAACGAGAAGGCUACCCUCUCCGGCCAGAACUCAUUGAGAGUGCCAUGUACCUCUACCGUGCCACUGGGGAUCCCACCCUCUUAGAACUUGGAAGAGAUGCUGUCGAAUCUAUCGAAAAAAUCAGCAAGGUGGAGUGCGGAUUUGCAACAAUCAAAGAUCUUCGAGACCACAAGCUUGACAACCGCAUGGAGUCUUUCUUUCUGGCCGAGACUGUGAAAUACCUCUACCUUCUCUUUGACCCAACCAACUUCAUCCACAACAACGGCUCCACCUUCGAUGCUGUGAUCACUCCCUAUGGGGAGUGCAUCCUGGGGGCUGGGGGGUACAUCUUCAACACAGAAGCACACCCCAUUGACCCUGCUGCCCUGCACUGUUGCCGGAGGCUGAAGGAAGAGCAGUGGGAAGUGGAAGUCUUGAUGAGGGAAUUCUAUUCUCUCAAGCGGAACAGAUCGAGAUUUUGGAAAAAAACUGUGAGUUCGGGGCCAUGGGAACCCCCAGCAGGGCCGGGAACAUUCUCCUCUCCUGAAAACCAGGACAGGGCAAGGGAGAAGAAGCCUGUAAAGCAGAAAAUCCCACUUCUUAGUUGCCCUAGUCAGCCCUUUACCUCUAAGUUGGCAUUACUGGGACAGGUUUUCCUAGACUCUACAUAACCACUGGAUUUUUUUUUUUAAACUAAAAUACAGCAAUAAACAAAUCUGCUUUUGUCCAUUGUGUCUUUCUGUUUUACAUGUUGGACUCUCUCAUGAGAUUUCAUUAAAGAAAGGGUCCGUGGCUAAACCAAUUACGAAUCUAGUUUAUUUUUCUCAUGCCCUUGGAGAAAGAGCUAAACCCAAAGUCAGCCAGCCCCAAAGAUCCCCAUGGAUUGAUAGUUGAAUCUCCCCUCCUUCCUUUCAGGAUCCCUUUUCUGUUAUCUUUGGGGGAAGGGGAGUGUGUUGUCAUAAAUAUAUUUCUUUGUUAAUGCCUGCCCCAGCCUGUGCUUCUGCUCUUUAGUCUGUCUAUCUAUCCAUCUAUCCUUCAAUGCCACAAAGAUUUAUUAAAUUUCUUUGUGUGCCAGCUACAACCCAGAGAUACAGUGAAAAAGGCA